AAGAUCCGCCUCCCAGCCCGCCCAGUGUCCUGGAGCCGCGGCGGCUGGGGCUCCGACGCGGCGCUUCCUCCGCGGUCUCGGCUCUUCGCCGUGCCGCAGCUGCCCACGGCUCUACCAGUCGUGUGCAGGUCGGCUCUUCCGCGCCUCCCUUCGGCGAGCCCGCCGAGAAAGGCCGCCACCCCCGCUCCCUGACCUGCUGCGAGGAUGUAAGAUGGACCCGGAAGAGCAGGAGCUGUUGAAUGAUUACAGAUACAGGAGUUACUCUUCCGUGAUUGAAAAGGCUCUAAGAAAUUUUGAGUCCUCCAGCGAGUGGGCGGAUCUCAUAUCCUCACUGGGCAAGCUCAACAAGGCUCUCCAGAGUAACCUGAGGUAUUCCUUGUUGCCAAGACGGCUCGUUAUCAGCAAGAGAUUAGCUCAGUGCCUGCAUCCGGCUUUGCCCAGUGGCGUGCACUUAAAAGCCCUAGAAACCUAUGAAAUUAUCUUUAAAAUUGUGGGGACCAAAUGGCUGGCCAAGGUGUUCCUAUACAGCUGCGGGUUGUUCCCUCUCCUGGCACACGCAGCCAUGUCGGUGAGGCCCGUCCUGCUCGGCCUGUACGAGAAGUACUUUCUCCCGCUGCAGAAGCUGCUCCUGCCCAGCCUCCAGGCCUUCAUCGUUGGCCUGCUGCCCGGCCUCGAGGAGGGCUCGGAGAUCUACGACAGAACGGACACGCUGCUCCUGAGGCUGUCCCUGGUGGUCGGCAAGGAGGUGUUUUACGCCGCCCUGUGGGGGAGCGUCCUGGCGAGUCCGGCCAUCCGCCUGCCCGCCUCACUCUUUGUGGUGGGUCACAUCAGCAGGGGCUCGCCUGGCAAGGAGCAGAAGUACAUGCUGGGGACCGACUACCAGCUCACGGUUAAGUCCUUAUGUGCAUCUCUGUUGGACUCAAACGUGCUGGUACAGAGAAAUAAUCUGGAGAUUGUCCUCUUCUUCUUCCCAUUUUAUACCUGCCUGGAUUCCGAAGAGAGAGCCAUUCCCCUGCUCAGAUCCGACAUUGUGCACAUCCUCUCGGCCGCCACCCAGACCCUCCUGAGAAGAGACAUGUCUCUGAACAGAAGGCUCUACGCAUGGUUACUAGGUUCAGAUAUUAAAGGAAAUACCAUCGUGCCAGAACCUGAAACCACAAAUUCUUACGAAGACCAGUCCUUGUAUUUUUUUGAGAAAUAUUCCAAGGAUCUUUUAGUUGAGGGUCUGGCUGAGAUACUGCACCAGAAGUUCCCUGAUGCCGACACGGAGGAACGCCACCACGCGUACCUGAGGCCUUUCCGCAUCCUCGUCAGUCUGCUUGACAAGCCGGAAAUAGGGCCUCAGGUUGUUGAGAAUUUGUUUCUCGAAGUCAUCCGGGCCUUUUAUUCUUACUGCAGAGAUGCCCUGGGCUCUGAUCUUAAACUCAGCUACACUCAGAGUGGAAAUUCACUGAUAAGUACAAUAAAGGAGAACAGAAACGCCUCCGAGAUUGUUAAAACGGUGAAUUUGCUGAUCACGUCCCUAAGCACAGACUUUCUCUGGGAUUACAUGAUGAGGUGUUUUGAGGAUUGCUUCAGACCGGCGAAGCAGAGCUACACGGCCAGCAGAAGCGUCGGCCCUCCCACCACGGUCUCCGAGCUCUGCACCCUGCUCGUCUUCCUGCUGGAUGUGAUCCCCCUGGAACUUUACUCUGAGGUGCAAACCCAGUACCUCCCGCAGGUGCUUGGCUGCCUGGUGCAGCCCCUGGCUGAGGGGAUGGAGGCACUGAGCUUGGCCGAACUCACGCACGCCUUGAAGACGUGCUUCAAGGUGCUCAGCAAGGUGCAGAUGCCGCCUUCCUACUUGGACACGGAGCCCACGAGUGGAAGCUCGAGUCCAGUUAGAGGUGACAACACUGAGAUAAUCGUAGACACAGGCAUGGUGCCUCCUGGGGAGGAAGACGCUUCGUUUCCUCCACUCAAAUCUGAGGACAGUGGGAUCGGGCUGAGCGCCUCAUCACCAGAGCUCUCCGAGCACUUGAGGGUUCCCAGGGUGUCCCCGGAAAAAGACGACGUCUGGAAGAAGGGAGGGAGCAUGCAGAGGACGCUCCUCUGCAUCCAGGAGCUGAUUGCCAACUUUGCCCACAAGAAUAUCUUUGGAGUGCAGCCCUUGGCGUCUGGAGAAGAAGCCAAGUCGGAGGAGCACGCGGGCCCUCGGGAUGAAGGCAGGACACGCGGUGUGGAGGCCAGCGACUUGAGCAGGAAGAACUCAUGGGAAGCGAAGCCCAUCAGCGUGCCCCAGUUCAAGCAGAUGCUCUCGGACCUCUUCACAGUCCGAGGGUCUCCAUUUAAGAUGAAAAGCACGGAGUCACCAUCGCCCCUGCCCAGCAGCCCUGGCCGCAGGACGAAGGAGGAGUGGACUGUGGACCAGGUGGUCGUUGACCUGGGAAGCUCGAGGGAGAGCUGCCGGGAGGCCUUUGCUGCCGCCUGCCACCUGCUGCUAGACUGCGCCACCUUCCCCGUGUACCUGUCCCAGGAGGACGAGCGGCUCUGUGACACGCUCUUCCGGCUUCCCGGAGCAGGCGAUCCCAGUUUUCCGUCUUGGCUGAAAUCCCUGAUGACCAUUUGCUGCUGUGUGACCGACUGCUACCUCCAGAACGUGGCCAUCUCCACCCUGCUCGAAGUGAUAAACCACUCGCAGUCCCUGGCACUGGUCAUUGAAGACAAGAUGAAACGCUACAAAAGCUCUGGACACAACCCGUUCUUCGGCAGGCUGCAGAUGGUGACUGUUCCUCCCAUCGCUCCGGGAGUACUGAAAGUCGUCGCAGAGAAAACAGACUUCUAUCAGAGGGUGGCUCGUGUGCUGUGGAAUCAGCUGAACAAGGAGACACGUGAGCAUCACAUCACGAGCGUCGAGUUGUUCUACCGGCUCCACUGCCUGGCCCCGUCGGCCAACAUCUGCGAGGACAUCAUCUGCCAUGCCCUCCUGGACCCUGAUAAGGGCACGCGGCUGGAAGCUCUGUUUCGAUUCUCCGUCAUCUGGCACCUGACGAGAGAGAUCCAGGGCAGUCGAGUGACAUCUCACAACCGCUCCUUUGACAGGUCCCUGUUUGUUGUGCUGGACAGCCUGGCCUGCACAGAUGGCGCCAUCGGGGCUGCUGCCCAGGGCUGGCUGGUGCGUGCCCUCUCCCUUGGUGACGUGGCACGCAUCCUGGAACCCGUGCUCCUGCUGCUGCUCCAGCCCAAAACCCAGAGGACCUCCAUUCAUUGCCUCAAGCAGGAGAACUCGGCAGACUGGCAUCGCUGGAUUAACAGGAAGCAAACCUCUUUCAAAGAGGCGUGGGGCGCCCCCGAACUCCAGGAGGGCGGCUCGGAAGACAAUGCGCCCCUGAGCCAGCUCACCACCGUGGACCGCGAAGCCAUCUGGGCCGAGGUGGAGAAGGAGCCGGAGAAGGGCCCACCGGACUGCAUGCUGGCCGAGGAAGACCUUCCCUGCUACGCGGACCUUCUGGACCAGACGGCCGGCGGUGCCGCCGACAGCAGCGAGCACACCGAGUCCGCGGACACGAGCUCCGGCCCCACGGACAGCGAGAACACGUCCACCUUCUCCUCCCCUUCCCACGACCCGCAGGAGCUGAGCAGCGGCGAACGCUGCUGCGUGCCCAUUUCCGCAGUGGCCCGGGCGCACCCCAGGCAGGCAGCCGGCCUCAAGUCCAACGCCAAGUUGAGCCUGACGCGUGUGGACUCGGAUAAAACCCAGGCUUCCGAGUCGCUGUCCAGCGACGAGGAGGCCGACGCGGAGCUCCAGGCCCUGACGGCGGCCCGGCUGCUGAAGCAGGAGCGGGAGCGGCGGGAGACCAUCGAGGCCUUGUUCAAGCACAUCCUGCUGUACCUGCAGCCCUACGACUCGCGGCGGGUGCUGUACGCCUUCUCCGUGCUGGAGGCCGUGCUCAAGACCAACCCCAAGGAGUUCGUCGAGGCCGUGUCCAGGACCAGCAUGGACACCAGCUCCACCGCGCACCUCAACCUCAUCUCCAACCUCCUUGCUCGCCACCAGGAGGCGCUCUCGGGCCAGAGUUUCUACGGAAAGCUCCAGACCCAAGCCCCCAACGUGUGCCCACACUCUCUGCUGAUCGAGCUCCUCACCUACCUGUGCCUGAGCUUCUUGCGGAGCUACUACCCCUGUUACCUGAAGGUCUCCCACCGAGACCUCCUGGGCAACCGGGACGUCCAGGUCAAAAGCGUGGAGGUUUUGAUCCGACUGAUGACACAGCUGGUGUCAGUGGCCAAGUCGGCCGAAGGGAGGAACGUGGAGUUCAUCCACAGCCUGCUGCAGAGGUGCAGAGUCCAGGAGUUCGUCCUGCUCUCCCUGUCCGCGUCCAUGUACACCAGCCAGAAGCGCUACGGACUGGCCACCGCCGAGAGGGGCCGGGUGCUGCGGGAGGAUGGCUUCUUCGAGGAGCGUCUCAUCAACCUGGGCCAGGACCAGAUCUGGAGCGAGCAUCCGCUACAGAUCGAGCUGCUGAAGCUGCUGCAGGUGCUCAUCGUCCUGGAGCACCACCUGGGGCAGGUGCUCGAGGAGGCGGAGCAUCCGCCAGACCUGUCCCUGGAGUGGCGGCGGGCCCUGAACUUCCAGCAGGCCAUCAGCGCCAUGCAGUAUGUGCAGCCGCACCCCCUCACGUCACAAGGUCUACUGGUGGCUGCGGUGGUGCGGGGCCUGCAGCCAGCCUAUGGCUACGGCAUGCACCCCGCUUGGGUCAGCCUGGUCACGCAUUCCUUGCCCUACUUUGGGAAGUCCCUGGGCUGGACAGUGACACCCUUCCUGGUCCAGAUUUGCAAAAACUUGGACGAGCUGGUCAGGCAGUAUGAAAGCGAAUCCGUGAAGCUCUCUGUCAGCAUAACCUCCAAGAGGGAAAACGUUUCUCCAGAUUAUCCACUCACUCUUUUGGAAGGUCUAACAACCAUUAGUCAUUUUUGUCUUUUGGAACAACCCAACCACAACAAAAAGGCCACAGCUGUGAGUGACCCUACCAAUUUGAAAAAUGCCAAGAAUGCUAUUCUGGAAGAGCUGCCCCGAAUUGUUAACACCAUGGCCCUUCUCUGGAAUGUUCUCAGAAAGGAGGAGACUCAAAAGAGACCCGUGGAUCUCCUUGGAGCCACGAAAGGAUCCUCUUCGGUUUACUUUAAAACCACCAAAACCAUACGACAGAAAAUUUUAGACUUCUUGAACCCCUUGACGGCCCACCUGGGAGUGCAGUUAACAGCAGCUGUUGCCGCCGUGUGGAGCCGGAAGAAAGUGAAACGCCACAGUAAGACGAAGAUUGUGCCAGCGGCGAGCACGUCCCAGCUGACCCUCGUGGACCUGAUCUGCGCCCUGAGCACCCUGCAGACGGACACAGUGCUGCACCUGGUGAAGGAGGUGGUGAAGAGGCCGCCGCAGGUCCGAGGGGACGAGAAAUCGCCCCUCGUGGAUGUCCCUGUGUUGCAGUUUUGCUAUGCUUUCAUCCAAAGGCUCCCAGUGACAGCCUUGCAAGAGAACUUCCCUUCGCUACUGGGCGUGUUGAAGGAGUCUGUGCAGUUGAAUCUCGCUCCCCCUGGAUAUUUUCUGCUUCUCAGCAUGCUGAACGACUUUGUAACGAGAACACCCAACCUGGAGAGCAAGAAGGACCAAAGAGACCUGCAGGAAGUCACUCAAAAAAUUAUAGACGCGGUUGGGAACAUUGCUGGUUCUUCCUUAGAACAAACCAGCUGGCUAAGCAGAAACCUGGAAGUGAAGGCCCAGCCUCAGAUCUCACUAGAAGAAUCUGAUGCCGAGGAAGAUUUACACGAUGCUGCCACGGCCGCUUCAGCGAUGGUGUCCUCGUCAGCCCCUUCGGUGUACAGCGUGCAGGCCCUCUCCCUCCUGGCAGAGGUUCUGGCAUCUCUCCUGGACAUGGUUUAUCGGAGUGAUGAGAAGGAGAAAGCAGUGCCGCUGAUCUCGCGUCUGCUGUACUAUGUUUUUCCUUACUUACGCAAUCACAGCGCCUACAACACCCCCAGCUUCCGGGCUGGCUCCCAGCUGCUGAGUUCUCUGAGUGGUUAUGCCUACACGAAACGAGCCUGGAAAAAAGAAGUCCUGGAAUUAUUCCUGGACCCGGCCUUCUUUCAGAUGGACACUUCUUGUGUGCAUUGGAAGUCCAUUAUUGACCAUCUCCUGACUCACGAGAAAGCCAUGUUUAAAGAUUUAAUGAACAUGCAGAGCAGUUCUUUAAAACUGUUCUCAAGUUUUGAGCAGAAGGCCAUGCUGCUGAAGCGCCAGGCUUUUGCUGUCUUCAGUGGAGAGCUUGACCAGUACCACCUCUACCUUCCUUUGAUUCAAGAACGCCUGACAGACAAUCUCAGAGUUGGACAGACAUCCAUAGUUGCUGCUCAGAUGUUUCUUUUUUUCAGAGUUUUGCUGCUAAGAAUAUCUCCUCAACAUUUGACUUCAUUGUGGCCAAUAAUGGUUUCUGAAUUGAUUCAGACAUUCAUACAGCUCGAGGAAGAUUUGAAAGAGGACGAUGAAUCAUUAAGAAAUGGCAACAAAGUCAACAGAAUGAAAGUUGCAGUCUCUGAUGGAAACGGGCCCUCCGGGGGCGAGCUACCCCAGAGUGAACUCAUCCUGUAUUUAUCAGCUUGCAAAUUCUUGGACACAGCACUUUCUUUUCCACCUGACAAAAUGCCCUUAUUUCAAAUUUACAGGUGGGCAUUCGUUCCAGAAGUGGACACAGAGGGCCCUGCCUGCCCAUCAGAUCUAGAGGAAAAUCACCAAGAAUACAAACCGCACAUCGUCAGGAUUCUAGAACUUCUAAAAUUAAAAUAUGGGGAAAUCAGCAGCUCAGAUGAGAUCUCCAUGAAGAGUGAACUCCCUCUUCUGCGCCAGCGUUCUCUUUCCAGCAUUAGGCAAUUGAUGCCCUUCUUCACGACGCUCAAUUGUGCUUUUAAAUCCCAAAGUAAAUUGCCUGCAGACACCCGGGCCCCUCCACUCUUCGAGUUUCCUGUCGAAGAGACCCCAAGGGUCUUGAAGCAACUGGAAGAAUGUGUCGAAUAUGAUUUUUUGGAACAUCUGGAAUGUUAGCCUUGUAAGCCAGAACUCGCUUAAUCCAUUUACUGAGACUCCGGCAAACACCAGGAUGUACUCCAAACAAGAAGGGAGCCAGCAUAGUGCUUUUAAACAAGUCUAUUUCAAUUUUGAAAGUAAAUUUCAGAUCAUUUUUCUGGUGGGCAACAAAACACACUUCCUGAAUGCCUUGUAAUAUAUUCAGAUCUGAUUUUAUGUUUCUUCCUCAAUUUAUGUAAAGAAAAUAAAAUUAAUAUAUCAUCUAA